AUGCCAAGACAUUACAAGUUCCAAGUGUGCCAUUCCAUUCCAGAGGGGCGGCAAGGUCCCAAAGAUGUGACUAAGCAAGCAAGUUGGCCGCCGCCUUGUCGCCAUGAUGACGCGCACAAAUUGGAUCCAACGGCCGUUUGCGCGUCAUGCUCUCUUACCCACAGUUACUGCCCACCAAACCCCGCAACAUCAGCUUGCAUUGCGAUACACGCGAUACUGGCUACCAAUAUCACCAAGGCGAAUUCAUCCAGAUUCCAAACAUAUGACAUAGCCUUACAACAGGAUCGCCGUCCCCGCGCCCCAGACUGGCUCUCAAUGGCAGACUUCGCACCUCCACCCGGCCCUCCGCCACCCAAAGUGCCCGAGGGCUGGAAGGCGAUAUGGAACACGCAGUACAGCGAAUGGUUCUUCGUCAACAUCUACACCAAGCAAUCGCAAUGGGAGAAGCCAACUGAGCCAGUCUACCCGCCCGGCGAAGGCCCGUCCCACGCUGCACCGCCCAGCGACAAGGCCGGGUUUGGCGGCAGCAGUCCAUAUGCGAACAUGACCGAGGAUGAGAAGCUGGCGCGCAAGUUGCAGGAAGAAGAGGAUUCGAGGGCGGGGAGACAAUCGGGAGAUGGGAUGGGUCAAGCGAAUGAUUACUAUCAUCGGCCAGCGCAGGCCGGAGCCUAUGGACAGCAGGGUCCGGUGCCAUAUGCGCAGGGUGGACAGUCAUCGUACUAUCAGGAGACGCCUCCGCCGCAGGAUAGAGUUGGAAAGGGUAAAGGGCUGCUAGGCAAGCUUUUGGGGAAGGCGACGGGAGGUUCGAGUUCGUCGACGCCACAUGGCUACCCGCAGCAGCAGCACGGCUAUCCUCAGCAAGGCUAUGGUCAGCCAUACGGAGCCGGCUAUCAACAAAGGCCGAUGGGUCUACCCAUGGGCGGUGGCAUGAUGGGAGGAGGGCGCCGCCCUGGUGGUGGUAUGGGCGCAGGGGGUGCCAUGGCCCUCGGCGCUGGAGGUGGUCUUUUGGGUGGUGCACUCCUUGGCUCAGCCAUGGCUGACGCGGGCGAUGGUGGCGGCACAUACAACUACUACGGUGAUGAUGGCGGCGACUAUGGUGGAGGUGAUAUGGGCGGAGGUGACAUGGGCGGAGGUGACAUGGGUGGGGGAGACUUUGGCGGCUGA